CACGUAUUUGUCCUAGUGUUAGCUUUGAUAGAUGCCAAUAUAGAACAAAAUUAAUGAGCAAAUUCAGUUACUUUUCUAAUGCAUAUUAAUUUUGCCACCAGCGACUCAAUUGUUUGAAAAAAUUGUUCAGUUAAAUAAAUAAAAAAAUAUAUCAGAAACUAAAAUAACAAUUCAGUUUUCUAAAUAUUGUCAUACAAAGAAUUUUUCCCAAUAUUCUUAAGAAAUUCGUAACUAAGCCAAAGACAUACGGACUGCUUUUCCGUGCAGUUUUUAUUAACCCUGUUAAAAUCAAUCAUGCGUACCUCCAAAUUAGCAGUUUCUGUUCUAUCUCUGAAUGCAUUUCUCACUUUUGUACUACUAUGUCAUCAAUUUGCAACGCAAAAUUCACAAGCGGACAGAAAGAACUCGAGAGAUCACGUAAUCAGCUGGCCUCAGUUUCAGAACUUCAUCGUGCCCGAUGGGUCCAAAACUUGUCAUGUAAACGACACCAGUUAUCACCAGUUGAUAGGGAUGGAAUAUUUUCCCAACUUGUUGGAGACGUUCAAUGUACCUCGUCUUGAGAGUCCACUUCUUCCAAGAGCGAUGUCAAAAAAAGACUAUGACCUGUACAUGCGGCUGCUGAAUCUGACAGUGACAGUGUUUGAGGCCAACAACAUCUCCUACACCAUCAGUGCUGGCGGAGUCAUAGGUUCAUACGUCAUGCACGACAUGCUCCCGUGGGACGAUGACCUUGACAUUUUGAUCCACAAUGACAGCAAGGCCAAGGUCAUCCACCUGUUCAAGGACGACCGUCACUAUGGCAUCCAGGGAUACAUGAACAAGUACCAGAUGGGGAGAGUGAUCAAAUUGUUCUUCACUGAUUCUGAGCCAACUGUCAACCGUGUGUGGAACUGGCCUUUUCUGGACGUCGAAACUUACAUAGAAGAAGGUGACCAGAUAAGACUCGCUCACAGAAGUGACGUGGAGCGUAUCUAUUGGCCGAAAAGUGCCUACUUUCCAUUCCAUCGAAGACCUUUUGGACCCCUGUGGUUGUAUUUUCCUCAUGACCCUGCCAUUUAUUUUAAGAUCCAUUACAACCACCCUUUUUACUGCCAGAGACAUUUCAAAGACCACAGACAUGAAAAUUGGCAGAAGGUGAUCAAAGCCGACUGCGAACGACUGACACCUCAUUACCCCUUCGUCAGGCGGUCUCCUUUCGCCAACAUCACACAAGAAACACUUCUGCUGAAUGGAACCGAGCUGUACACUGUGUAUAUUAGUGAACCAUACAGCAAGCCAAAAUCUAAAUUGGGCUGGUAG